ACCGGUCCUGUGAUCGACAUGCCAGUUCCUGCCAGUUACAACGACAUCACACAGGACUCCACGCUGAGAGACUUUGUUGGCUGGGUGUGGUACGAGCGAGAGGUGGUGGCACCGGCCCACUGGAUCACAGACGAAGGCACACGAGUGGUUCUCAGAGUGGGAAGUGCUCAUUAUUAUUCAAUAGUGUGGGUGAACGGUGUGAAAGUGGCAGAACAUGAAGGAGGUCAUCUUCCUUUUGAGGCUGAGAUAAAUGGCGUGCUGCAUGAAAAGCCCACCACGCCGUGCAGGAUCACCAUCGCUGUCAACAACACUCUGACUCUAAACACUCUUCCUCCAGGCAGCAUCCAGUACAUGAACGACCGCACCAUGUAUCCUGAUGGGUUUUUUGUGCAAAACACCAACUUUGAUUUCUUCAACUAUGCUGGGAUACACCGUCCUGUGCUGCUAUAUACCACUCCUAAAACAUAUGUGGAUGACAUUACGGUGGUUACUGACUUCUUUGAUAACACAGGAUUUGUCAGAUACAACGUGUCGGUCCAAGGUGCAUCCUCAGCCACUUUGAAGGUCACUUUGAUAGACAAAAAGGGCCAAUGUGUGGUUUCCUCCAAUACACCAUCUGGAGUGCUGAAAGUGACAGAUGUUAAUCUGUGGUGGCCAUAUUUGAUGCAUGAGAAUCCAGGUUAUCUAUACUCUAUGGAGGUUCGUCUCACAGCUGUUGGGGGAUCUUCAUCUGAAGAUGUUUAUACUCUACCAGUCGGCAUCCGCACUGUGAAGGUGACCAGCACCCAGUUUCUCAUCAACAACAAGCCGUUUUAUUUCCAUGGGGUCAACAAGCACGAGGACUCUGAUUUUCGAGGUAAAGGUUUGGACUGGCCCCUGAUUGUGAAGGACUUUAACUUACUGAAGUGGCUGGGGGCCAACUCUUUCCGCACCAGUCACUACCCCUAUGCUGAGGAGAUCCUGCAGAUGUGUGACCGCCACGGCAUCGUGGUGAUUGAUGAAUGUCCGGGAGUGGGAAUCAAAGACAUUCGCAGUUUUGGAAAUGCCUCUUUGGCCCAUCAUCUGACUGUCAUGGACGAGCUCAUACGCCGGGACAAGAACCACCCCUCUGUUGUGAUGUGGUCCGUAGCCAAUGAGCCCGCCGCAGAGAUGCCGCCUGCUGAACUUUACUUCAAAACAUUGAUAAAACACACCAAAAGCCUGGACCCUACACGGCCUGUCACCUUCGUCUCGGACAGUAACUACGCCAGGGACAAAGGAGCUCCAUUUGUGGAUGUGAUCUGCGUCAACAGUUACUUCUCCUGGUACCACGAUCCUGGUCACCUGGAGGUCAUCUCYAUCCAGCUCAACUCUCAGUUUGACAACUGGCAUGGAAAGUACCAGAAACCMAUCAUCCAGAGUGAAUAUGGAGCCGAUGCAGUGCCAGGGGUUCACAGUGAUCCACCCAUGAUGUUCACUGAGGAGUACCAGAAGCUAGUCCUCCAAAUUUACCACAAYGUCUUUGACCAGAAAAGGAAGCAGUACGUUGUUGGAGAACUCAUCUGGAACUUUGCUGACUUCAUGACUGCCCAAGGGAUCACUCGAGUGGUCGGGAACAAGAAGGGCAUUUUUACUCGACAAAGACAACCUAAAUCAGCGGCUUUCAUCCUGAAGGAGCGUUACUGGAGACUGGCGAACGAGACGGGCAGGCUGCCUCUGUGGACCAAGUACCCCUGUUCACUCUGACCCACAGACUACAGAGAACUGGGUCCAGGACCGCUUCAGCCUCAUGGAAACUCUUUGCCUCAGGUCAGACCUUUAUGGACCAAUGAAUGUCUGCAUUUAAACAGUGACACAAUCUUGUAGUUUCUUUUUAUUAUUUUUGUAGUUUCUUUUUAUUAAUACAUCAUACAAUUUUAAAUGUCAGUCUUUAGUGCAACUUUUGAGCUUUAAAAGGGUGAAAAAAUGUAUCAAAUGUUUUAAAAAACUGCAACUAUAAGUAGAACUUAACAUCUGCAGAAUAAAUUAAAUUGAUCUUUUAUCAAAUCGGACUGAAUAACUGGAUGUCAGUAUAUUUACAUUUAAGUCUGUAACUCUGCAACUUGAGUCUUACUCAUUAAAUAACUUUUUAAUCGAAAUAAACAUAAAAAUAAACAUGUUUUUAGUUUAAUAAUUCAAACUGAAGCUGCCUGAGUUUAUGAACGAAAUCACUACAUUUUAUUUUAGUUUUUUCUUUUGCUGAACUGACUAAAUGUUGCAAAAAGAAACAAAGAGUGGUGCUGGUACCAUCACAUAACUAAUACACAGGUGUGCUAUUGGUAUACCUGAGUAAAGGCUGGACCAGAGAUACUGACAUGUAAAAACAAACAAAAUAAACUCACAGAUUAAAGAAACCGUCGUAAGAAAACGAUCAUGUUUGAAGUCAUUUUCUCAUUAAGCUGACUGACCAAAUGGAGUAGUUUAACCAGUGUUUGAUUCUUUUUGUCCAUUUUGCCCUGUAUGUUACUGUGUUGUUAAUGUCAAAGCUAAAUCUAAUCAGAAACUCUAUAUUUUUAAAAACCAUGCAGUGCUCAAUGUGUUUGAAUCAAUAAAGAUAUUUUUAAAACAA